GCGCUGCGCCCGCCGCGCCCGCCGCGCCGACAGAGACUCCGCAUCGAGCCCGGCCCGCUCCCGGCAGGCAGCCUCCCUCUCCUCGCCUGACCGGUCCGAGCCGCAGCCGCCCAGCCCCUGCGAGCCAUGGAGCUGGACCAAAGGACGAGCGGCGGCCUCCACGCCUACCCGGGGCCGCGGGGCGCGCCGGCCGCCAAGCCCAACGUGAUCCUACAAAUCGGCAAGUGCCGGGCGGAAAUGCUGGAGCACGUGCGCCGGACGCACAAGCACCUGCUGACCGAGGUGUCCAAGCAGGUGGAGCGCGAGCUGAAGGGGCUGCACAGGUCCGUGGGCAAGCUGGAGAGCAACCUGGACGGCUACGUGCCCGCGGGCGACUCGCAGCGCUGGAAGAAGUCCAUCAAGGCCUGCCUGUGCCGCUGCCAGGAGACCAUCGCCAACCUGGAGCGCUGGGUCAAGCGUGAGGUUCACGUGUGGCGCGAGGUCUUCUACCGGCUAGAGCGCUGGGCCGACCGCCUGGAGACCAUGGGCGCCAAGUACCCGGUGGGCAGCGAUCAGGCCCGCCGCACGGUCUCCGUGGGCGUCGGGGGCCCCGAAAACUACCGCCACGAGGCGGACAACUACGACUACACCGUCAGCCCCUACGCCAUCACCCCGCCGCCGGCCGCCGGUGAGCUGCCGGGGCAGGAGCCAGCCGGUGCCCAGCAGUACCCGCCGUGGGGGCCGGGCGAGGAAGGGCAGCCCAGUCCCGGAGUGGACACGCAGAUCUUUGAGGACCCGCGGGAGUUCCUGAGCCACCUGGAGGAGUACCUGCGGCAGGUGGGUGGCACGGAAGAGUACUGGCUCUCGCAGAUCCAGAACCACAUGAACGGGCCAGCCAAGAAGUGGUGGGAGUACAAGCAAGGCUCGGUGAAGAACUGGGUGGAGUUUAAGAAGGAGUUUCUCCAGUACAGCGAGGGCACGCUGUCCCGGGAGGCCAUGCAGCGGGAGCUGGACCUGCCGCAGAAGCAGGGCGAGCCGCUCGACCAGUUCCUGUGGCGCAAACGGGACCUGUACCAGACGCUGUACGUGGACGCGGAGGAGGAGGAGGUCAUCCAGUACGUGGUGGGCACCCUGCAGCCCAAGCUCAAGCGCUUCCUGAGCCACCCGCUGCCCAAGACCCUGGAGCAGCUCAUACAGAGGGGCUUGGAGGUACAGGACGGACUGGAGGAGGCGGCCGAGCCAGCCGGGCAGCCCCUGCCCACGGAGGAGGACUCGGAGGCGCUCACACCUGCCCUCACCAACGAGUCUGUGGCCAGUGACCGGACCCAGCCUGAGUAGAGGGUGGUGAGCCAGCCCACCUGCCCUCCUGACACACCCUCGGGGCAGUAGCCCACGGACUUGAGAGCUGGGGUCAGCCUCUGCAGGGGCCUCUUUCAGUGGCACCCACCUUGGCUCUGGCUGACCCACACAGACACCCCGCUGCCCAGCAUGGGCAACUCCCCAAAACAGCAAAUCACCCCAAGCUGGGUCUCCUGCCCUGACAUCCCUCACACCCCACCAUCUGUCUUCCUGGCCCCACCACCACACCCUCAGGCCACGACGGAACCUCCCAGUUCCCUCCCUCUGCUUGUCCGGCGCUGGCUCCCCUGGGCACUUGGAAAGCCAAGUGUCCCAUAGCACGACUGGUGUACGGAGCUGGGGACACCCAGAGCAGAAGCUGGGCAGGACCAGUGUCUCGGGAACCUCAACGUCCAGUGAUGCCGCCAUGCCACCCCCAGAGCAGAAGCUGAGCAGGACCAGUGCUUCAGGGACCUCAACGUCCAGUGAUGCCACCACGCCCAGAGCAGAAGCUGGGCAGGACCAGCGUCUCUCGGGAACCUCAACUUCAGUGAUGCCGCCAUGCCACCCCCAGAGCAGAAGCUGAGCAGGACCAGUGUCUCGGGAGCCUCAACGUCCAGUGAUGGCACCACCCCCAGAGCAGAAGCUGGGCAGGACCAGUGACUCGGGAACCUCAACUUCAGUGACGCCGCCAUGCCACCCCCAGAGCAGAAGCUGAGCAGGACCGGUGUCUCGGGAACCUCAACUUCAGUGACGCCGCCAUGCCGCCCUCUCCUGGCAGCCACUGCCGAGCCAGCUGGCACCUGUGCUGCCUCCAGGGCAGCUGGCCAGCCCGGCAGCGCCGCUCUUCCUCUCGGGAGGGCUGACGUUCUGGCGGCGGCUGCGGCAGACCUGGGAUCCUGGUGCCUUCUGGAGCCUCAGUAGCGGUGAUUCACCCGCCUGGAGAAGGACGAGGCUGUGACUCAUGGUGGUAGUGGAGGGUCCUGGAGGCCCUGAGUCCCCCAGUGCAGCUGAGGCAGCAGCUGGCUCCCUCGGAGCCAGGAGAGUGAUGACAGGUAAUGGCACCCCCCUUCACCCCCAGACCCCAUCUUUUCCUCAUCUGUCCUAAUAAGGGGUCCUGCAAUGGAGCCUGUGAACCCCUCCCCAGGGAGCCCCCUCCCAGGUCCCAGGGCACUCCCUGAGAGGGGAACCUACAGGGUUGCUGGGGACUUCAGGAGCACCCCCGCCCCCCAGGUCCUCCCUGCAGGCCCCCCAUCUUGGCCCUGGCACUGUCCCACCAUUGUCCCACAUUCCUCCUGCGCAGCGUCCCCCACCCCCCAGCCUUCGGCCCUGGCACUGUCCCUUACCGCCCUCUUUCUUUCUCCUUCAGGUCUCAAGGCUCCCACAACAGCUUGGCUGCUGGGCCUGGCACAGUUUCCUGUCCUCCUUCCCGAAAGCUGCCUUCACAGGAAAAGUCCAGGACAGACAGCCAGACAGCCAGGAUAGGACACCUCGCUCCCAGCUCAGCCUGAAAGCUGAUGGUGACAACGGCCCAGCUCGAGGGCCAGGGCCUGCAUGGUGCCCGCCCCGAUGGCCGCCACCUGGCUGUCCCAGAGCACUGCAGCUUGAGCCGGGGAUCCAUUACCCUGCUCGCUGCACUCCGUCCUCUCCCGCCGAGCCCCGAGAUUGGGGCCCUUGCCCCGGCCCGGCGGCCACAAGCUCAGCCCCAGAGAUUCCGGAAGCCUUGCUCUUGGGGCUGAUGGAGGUGCUCUGCCCUGCUGCAGCCCAGGCCUGGACCCCUGCCCUCCUGCAGCAGCAUACCCCCGUGCUUGCAGGCCAUUCGUGUCUGCAACCCAGGCAGGCACUGGUUGGAGGUCCCCCUUCUGCCUCUUCACUGGGGGUUUCCAGAUUCUGGGGACCAACUUCUGCUGAUGACUCCGACAGACCACCCUGCACCCCUGCCAGCCGCCCACAGAUUUUAUUUUUGCACAUAAGCCCUAGCCCCUACCCGCAGGCUGGUACGGCUGCAGGGAGGCCCUGGGGCCCCGGAGACCCUGGGGAUCCCAGGAGAGUGUGGCCAGCCCCCCACAGACAGGCCUCCAGUGUCAGGCCUGUGUGUGCACCCCUUCUCACCUGGAGACAGAUGACUUUAUAAGCUUUUGUUAGUAAAACACUGGCGCUUCCCUGC